GCCCGGCCCGAGCGGAGCAUGGAGCAGGCGGCCGGUGCGGAGCCGCGGCGGUGGCGGCGGCGCUCGGGCUCCAGCCCCGAGCCCGAGCCCGGCCGGUCUCCCAGCCCCAGCCGCCUGGACGUGAGCUCGGCCCGCUUCGACCCGCUGCUGGCGCUGUACUCGGCCCGCACGCCGCUGCCCUUCCCCGGCGCGCCCUGCUUCAACAACCUGGCCGAGUACGAGAGCUUCCAGCGGGGCCUGCGCCGCCCGGCCGCCCGCCGGGGCCCGCCCGCCGCCCGCCGCGCCCGCCGCCGCGCGCCCGCCGCCGACCCCGAGCGCCUCCAGCGCCUCCGCAGCCUCAUGGUGCCCCGGGACCCCGAGCGCGAGGCGGCGGCUCGCGGCCGGGCCGGGCCCCGCCGGGCCCCGCGCAACGUCCUCACCAGGAUGCCGCUUCAUGAAGGCAGCCCUCUUGGCGAGCUACAUCGUUGUGUCAGAGAUGGUGUAAAAGUCAAUGUCCACAUCCGAACUUUCAAGGGGCUGCGAGGAGUCUGCACAGGGUUUUUGGUUGCGUUCGACAAAUUCUGGAAUAUGGCCUUGACAGAUGUAGAUGAGACCUACAGAAAGCCUGUACUGGGCAAAGCGUUCUACAGUGAACCUCAGCUGACUCUUACCAGGCUGUUUGACAGACUCAAACUGCAGGAGUCCUUGAUCAAGAAGGGAGCUGACUCGAGGACUGCAGCAGAGGAGCUAGCCCUGACAAAUGAAUCCAAGACGUUUGGACGGAAAGCUGGGUCAGGACGGGGGAGAGCAGAGGACGAGUGUGGGAUGCAGAAAUUUUUGAGUGGAGCUGAAGAAAAGAAGACAACUAAUGACAACUUGCAUCUGGCAGUCAGGAAUAAGGCUGACCUGCCAAGCAGGACUGCCCAGACAGAGGGUACUAGUGCAGGGGGUGCUAAUGCAAAAGGCCAGCCACGGAAAAAACGGAGGCCCAAAGUGGAUUAUCAGCAGGUCUUUACACGUCAUAUAAACCAGAUAUUUAUCCGAGGAGAGAAUGUCUUGCUUGUUCAUUUAGCACAUUGACUUGGCCGAGCCUUAGUCAGUAUAUUUAACGCAUAGCAUGAAUUGCAGCUACAGCUCUGUGCUACUUAGCAUUGUUGUGAAGUACCGUGAUAUCAUAACUGGUUCCCUUCCUUCAGCCAUAACAGGAUAGGGGAAAUUGCUGCAUCUUGAGCCAGCCGCCAGAUCAGCCUCGCUAGACCUCUUCCAUUCAAGGGGUUGAAGGCAAGUUCAGCAAGAGUUUGCUUCUGCAAGAUGAGGAAAUGAGAAGAAUCCUCAAGGCAGGACAGGAGGCUUCUUAACAGGCUAAAUGUAAGAGGGUUGAGGGGUGACAUCGGUGUGCUUGGUUAUGGGACAAAAUAGUCACCCCACAUUUAAAGAGCAUGCGACUCAGCAUACAAGUCUAAAAUCAGUGACCAAUGCUAAAUACUGUCUCAUAAUUGCAAGAGACAUUGGUUUCUAAUGAAACCAACAACUUAUGUAAUAUUAGUAGUUAAUUUAAAGUCUGGCAAAGAAUAACUCUUGUAUCUUAAUUUGUAAGGGAAUUAACAGCCUAUGCAAAAGAGGGACAACUGCAAUGGCGUUAACCAUCCGUGUCCUGCUGUGGCGGGCACAGCUCUGUAAAUGCACCCCAACCCUGAGCUGCAGCACCCUCUGUUGUCCAAGCCUGUCUUUUGAACAAAGACUGAAUGUUGAGGUGGUCUGAUGUAUCUAAAUAAGGAGGGGUGGGGGUGGGGGAAACCCUCUUUGUCAGGAUUUGAACUUGUGUCCAUUGGCAUAGCUUGUGCUUUUCCCCACUUGCCUUGCUUUCUGCCUGCACCACCAGCCAGCAGUUAAAGUAGUCAAUCCAAUAACUUUCUUACUGGGAACUUCUACAUGAAACACAAGAAAUCAUACUCCAGUCUUUUGUAUUUAUCAGCCAUUUGCCACAGUCUCACAUUGCACUGUUAUACUAUGUACUUUUCUUGUCAGAUUUGAAAAAUAGCUUGUACUUAGCACAGUUGUACUGUAUCGAAGCGCCUUUGACGUUCCCUCUAUUGAAAUGUGAGAUGCUGCCUCUCCAGCAGUUCUAAGGGGAACACAAGUCUUAGUGAUUCUUUCUGGAUAGUAUAUCUUUAUGAAUGAUGCUCCCUCUAAUUCCAGUUGAAUUGAAUUUCAGAGGUGUACUUAAUGUUUCUAUGAAACAUAACAAUUAGUGCUAAGCCCCAGCAAAUCAGUGGUUUAAUUUCAGUAGUGUUCCCCCUCCUUGUAUCUAAAUCACUGAAGAAUAGCCUCAAACCACUGCAAUGUAUAAACUGUUCAACAGCUAUUGGUAAAUUCCUAGAGCCUAAGGCUGGAAGGGACCAUUAGGUCAUCUAGUCUGAUCUCUUGGCAUAUGACACACUGAUUGGGAGAGUGGUAAAUAAUGAAAAGGACAGUCACUGAUUGAGUGAUUUGGAUCACUUGGUAAACUGGGUGCCAGCAAACAAGCAUUUUAAGAUGGCUAAGCGUAAAUGUAUACAUCUAGGAACAAAGAAUGUACCUCAUUCAGGAUGAGGUGACUAUCCUGGGAAGCAGUGACAUUGAAAAAGAUUCGGGGGUCAUGACGGAUAAUCACCUGAACACGAGCUCCCAGUGUGACGCUGUGGCCAAAAGAGUAAUGCAAUCGUGGGAUGCAUAAAUGGGUAUCUUGAGUAGCAGAGAGAUUAUUUUUACCUCUGUAUUUGGCAUUGGUGCGACUGCUGCUGGAAUACUGUGUUUUCCAGGGCCAACAAUUCAAGAAGGAUGUUGAUAAAUUGGAGAGGGUUCAGAAAAGAGCCAUGAGAAUGAUUAAAGAUUAGAAAACCUGCCUUCUUGUGAUAGACUCCAAGAGCUUGAUCUCUUUAGCUUAACAAAGAGAAGGUUAAGAAGUGACUUGAUUACAGUUUGAGUAACAAAUAUUUAAUAAUGGGCUCCUCAGUUUAUUAGCGAAAGGUACAACAUGAUCCAAUGGCUGGAAGUGGAAGCUAGACAAAUUCAGAUUGGAAAUAAGGUGUAAAUUUUUAACAGUGAGUAAUUAACCACUGGAACAAUGUAUCAAGGUUUGUGGUGGAUUCCCUAUCAUUAACCAUUUUUAAAAUCAAGAAUAGCUGUCUUCUAGAGCAGAUCUUUAGCCAUUAUUUUGGGGCAGUUCUCUGGCCUGCGUUCUACAGGAGGUCAGACUAGAUGACCACAGUGGUCCCUUCUGGCCUUGGGAUCUAUAUCAUAGGCCAUUACAUUUCUCCUGUAUUGAUCUCAGUUAUCUGAUGCUGCAUAGCAACUUCCCCACUAAAAAUUAAGAUUAAGACUGUCCAGCAUUCUGAUGCAAGAACAACUUAAUGCUUUAUACCCUGAGUCAUAAUGCAAUAAAAAGUCAGUCCUGGAAUUUACUGGUUAUAUAAAACCAUAGGAGUAUAAUUUUGCUGUUAAAAGUGAUGUAUAAAUUGUUUAUAAUUAGGAAUACAUCUAAUACACAGGAGUUUCUGGACAUUCAAAACCGCCUUUUGUCUGGGGUGCUGUUUGAAACUUCUGAAGACCUUUCAAAUAAAGCACCUAUUGGGGCUUGGAUGACUGAUAGGAUAAGUCUCAGAGUUGCCAGUUCAAAUCCAGUCUGCAAUAAUAAGGACUGAAAAUGAAAUGGAAUUAAUCACUGUCACUGAAGACUGUAGUGGGAAUAAACCAAAUUCAAUAAGAUUCUGCCUAAUCUCAGAAUUUGGGCACUGAAAAGACUUCUCUGGUCUCAGGCUCUGUCCAUCCCUCUUUUGAGCUAUUUUCCCUAUUCUUAAAAAGCCUUCUAUUGAUUCUUCCUUCUCCCUGCAGUCCUUUCUAAAAUCUUGGAGCAGAAAUCUUAUUUUCAUAUUUGCCCUUAAUUCACUCAGCCUUUCCAGUUUGGCUUUCUAUCAGGUCACUUUAUUGUUGCUUGAGGUUGCAGCCAAAAAUUUUACUUCUGUUCUUGACUUCUCAGCAUCUGAGAGUCACUGACUUCUUUUUUUCAUUGCCUCAGUUGUUUUUUCUGACUGUAGUCCAAUGAUUUUCUUAUCUCGUUUUGUUAUUUAGGGUAUCCUGGGACAACCAUUUCUCUGUCUCAGCCAAAGGGCUCUGUUCUUGGUCCCCUAGUCUUUCUUCCAACUCACUCGCUGGGUGUGAUCAUCUCUGUUCAGGCCCAAUCAUAGGGUAACAUUUAGUUGUGUUCUUUCCUUUCCUUUUUCUCAUAUACCCAUAAUUCUUUCUACCUUGCUUGAGUCCAUUUCCACUUGGACUAAAGCCACUUGCCUUAAAUUAGAUAUGAUGAAGAUGAAUGUUCUCUCUUCAUCUCCACUGCUUACUUGUUGAUAAUACUCCCAUCAAUCUGGUUGCUGCUGCUUCUAUGAGUCUUGAUAUCUUCAACUAACAACUUUUUUCCACCCUUUUCUCUUGUUUAGAAGGUGAUAUCUGCAAGGUUUAACAUCUCUCUGUAGGCUUCUUAUUUACAUUACAGUAAAAAUCCUCAUUCUUGAGUUGCUUGUUUUGUGCCUUGAUUUCUGCAUUGCUAUCGAUCUGCUUUUUCAAAAUCUCGUCCGCCACCUCAGUUGACUAACCACCCAAUACAUGUACUGUUUUGCUCUCUCUCACCAUUCAUGUUGCUGCUGCUUUCAUUUCAAUGUCUUGCGGUCCAUCUGUGCUGUCAAUUUAAAAAUUCUUUCUUACAGUUCAGUGCUUGAUCUGGUCCUUCUUCCUUUAAUUGCCCCUUUCAUAUCUGCACAGGUUUCUAAAUAUUGUCCUCUUCUUGCUAUAGUCCUAGAGCUGGCACUUUCUUCUCCUCCUCUUUCUGAUACUCUGUGAUUUUAAAACCCAUCUGCAAAAUUUUCUUAUGAACUUUUGUCUCUUGUGAGUGUAAGGUACAGGUGAAGGUGCUGUGCUUCUGGUUCUCCUUGUGGACAGGGCAGGAACUGUUUCCACCGUUUUCCUUCUGUGAUAUCAGCUGUCGCUUAAAUGUGGCUCUUGUAUUAGAAUAAAUGGAUCCAAAAAAAUGGAACCAGCUUUAAUAGAAAGUGUAAAAUGUUUGUUCCUGUUCUAAACAGAUUAGCCUAUCUGUAGAUGGCUCACUAAAGGUUUUCAUUGUUAUCUCCUGCCAGGUAUUUUUUACUGGGUGUCUAAUCUAUUCAUUCUCCAUGGCCACGUUCACUAUUUCUAGGUAUGAGUUUCCCUUGUGCAAAUUUUGGAGAUAGGUUUUGACAUUUAGCAGGCACUGGGCACCAGACAGAGACAUAGGCUGUUGGAUCUUCUACCCCCUUCUUACAGAGCAAUUGGGCAAAACUUUCUAAACUCCGCCUUUGGGCAGAAUCCUUAGUUGGGAUUGCUCUUUGACCUGUCGGGAGUGAACUGCAGGGUUUUUUGUUUUGUUUUGUUUUUUCCCCCUCCCAUAGAGAGAAAUUUCCUAGUUUGUUAGAAAAGGUGUACAUCACGUUUUCGGCCUACUUUCCAGGGUCGAACCUACCCUGGAGAGACUUUGUCCAAAAAUAAACCCAAAUGAAAGAGAGACCUGAAAUCAGUGCUACACAGAGUUUUUAGCCACCAAAGUGAGCUUCAUUUCAUGCUUGGGCUCCCUGAGAUUUGCCUCGGAGUCCUUGGCAUACACUGCAGUAGCAAAGAGACCGCUAUGGUAACUUAUGUUCCUGAGAAGGAGAGGGCUAAGCCAAACAUCUCAUAGCAUUCUCAAAAUGUGCAGGUGGAAAAUUCUUUGGGAAACCACUGGAGAACAGUAACAGAAAUAAGAAAUAUUUCCCUUCUGUAGUCAGUAGAAAAGAGAUUUCACACCAUCCUAUCAAAGGGAAAUACUCCGUUCAAGGCUUCAGUUCUUCCCAGUUUUCUAGGGCUUGAUGGCAGCUAAUGUAGAGAAGUCUAGAAGCAAAGCCAGUUCCACAAGUAAGCAAAAAAAAAUGCCACCUGACUCUGCUCCACUUGCCCACGGACCAGAGCCCUUGAGAGACAGACUCCUUCAGUUUGCGGAAUCUAUGCCUUCACAUCAGACAGAUGAGUUCUAGAUAGAACGCGGCGUAAACCUGCCUCCUGUCACUAUCCUACGGGGGAGCAGUUGACUAAUCUUGCAUCAGAAGAUUCUCGAGAGGAGCAGCCCUGCUGCUUAAUCUUCAGAGAUCCACCAAGUAGCACUGCGGAUGCUUAACUUGGUAUUUUGAUGCCUUCAAAAAGGUGGCAGAUUCUAAGACCUGUGCAGCUCAUCCUUUUCUCAGGUGCUCUGCAGAAAGUGCUCUGUAAUUGUUGCUGAGUCACUCUGAGGACAGAUCAGUUGUGACCAAUUAACUCCAGUGUGGAAGCAUGUGGGUCUGGAGUGCUUCACUUGAAGGCAGAGGGAAGCAGGGACAGAGGCACUGCAGGGAAAUCUUCAAACUGCCAAACUCAAGGAAACUCACUUAAGGUGAGGUCCAUGUUCCUUUUUGUUACCAAAAAUGUCAAACCCCCGAGGGGGUAAGUCUGGGCUUUAGGGAACAUGUGUGUGUGUGUGUGUGUAUGCUCUGUUCAGAACAGUUAGUUACAAUGCCGUAAUGAAAAUGGCACUCAAACUGCUUCAGCCACUAUCUUUGUCUUGCCAUCAAAGUAACAUUACGUCAGCGUGACAGUCUGUCUGUGAAGCCAGUCCUGUGCGUUGCAUGCCUACAAAAUGGUCCUAAGAUUAGACCAUUCUUGAAAUAAAUACUUCUUCAUAGGUCACAAGGUUGCAUUUGUUUCCUUCUGUCCUAACUCUGUACCUCAAGAGGAAAAUAGUAUCAGCUGGAUGUAAGGAAAACCCAUUCAUUCCAAGUAAAUUUCAAAAGUACCUUCAGAGAGUCCACAGCUGUCUGUGCCAUAUAUCGCUAAUGGGGAAAAAGGGCCUUUAAGUCAUCAGUUGUCUUAUGGCUGAAAUUAUGCAGUGAAGAAGUUUAUCAUUCUAAGCACACGUUCUUUCUAUAAUCUAUUAUUGCCCAUCAGACCAGAUCCCCAUCAGCUUUCUGGGCAGGAAAAUCUCAGGCCAACUAUGAAAAGAUUGGUAAGGGAGCCAACUGGUCUUCCAGCCAUAUGGACACUGCACAAUUAAUGCACAGACUUUGGUGACGGAUGCUGCUUUUGUUGGACAGGUACUGCAUGCAAUAAUACGCUCUCCACCCACACCCCAAAUUCCUUCCUGUACAUCUAGAUCUGCCGCUUCCCUUAGUCCAUCCUUUGGAUUUUACCAGCAUUAAAAUUCCAUUCUAAGAAAUGGUAAAGCCAGAUACCAGUACAGCGGAGAGAUAUUUCUUUAUCUGACAACAGUUUUUCUUCUCUUAACCUCCUCAGAUUUUAAUGUAAUUUGGCCAACAUUAGGUGGUUUAUGCUCUGCAGACACCGUAGGAAGUGUUAAGGGAAAGCAUUCUCAACUACAAGACUUCCAUGACAUUAGUUCUCUGCGUAUUUUACAGCACAUGAAACACACACUCUGGCAGUGAUUCUAGGGGAUACAGCUAAGCCCCAUCUCUGCUAACUGACAUGUUUGAUCCUGCCUCCAAAAUUUGCAGAGGAAACCCAUCGGGAAAAGAAAAAGCAGGUAAGCAAAUUUGUCUUUUUUGCACUAGAGAUAGACUGGUGUCUUGGUGAUUCUUGUUUGUUUCCUAGGGAUCAGGGCUGGCUCCAGGGUUUUGGCCGCCCCAAGCAGCCAAAACAAAAAAACAACAAAACAAAAAAAGCCGCGAUCGCGAUCUGCGGCAGCAAUUCGGCGGGAGGUCCUUCGCUCCCAGGCUAAGUCCGCCGAAUUGCCGCUGAAUACCUGGACGUGCUGCCCCUCACCGGAGCGGCCGCCCCAAGCACCUGCUUGACAAGCUGGUGCCUGGAGCCAGCCCUGCUAGGGAUGGAGGAGAAAGGACUACUUCAGUGGGGGGAACAUCAGAGAUGGCUUGUCUCAUGAUGUUUACAAGCCCUUUUAGAUGUCAUUAUAAGUGCUCUUGCUCUCAGCUGACAGAACUGAAAGCCUGUCAAGGAAGGAGAAAUGGCUUCUGAUGUUCCCGGAUAGCUAUUUUAUUAGCUUCUAGCUUCAUAGCAUACAGUAGGAUGACAUAGCUGAAGAAAAUUAGUACACCUGAGACUGUCAGCCUUGUAUUCGUUGAGAAUGAAAAGUAGUUUGAUCAGUUUGUGUAAAAACAUAUCCAUCCUUCUUUCCUCUCAAAAGAUUGGAGCUCUCCCUCAGGAAAGAAAUGAAAGCUGUUUCUGCUCCUUUAGCAAUUGCUUCAGAGCAAAGUGCAGCUGUAUCAUUGUAUCUUCUACUUGAUAGAUCACUUGAAGUUUAGAAACGGAGAGAAAUGUUCCACUUAUUUAAAACCUAAAAUGGGCAUUAUUAGGGGAGUUGGCAGGCUGACCUUGGUUCUGCUAGUGCUUGUAUCCAGUGUAGCUGAAUGGGUUGGGACUUGCUAAUCAGGUACCACAAUAUUAAGCUCUAUACGUGAAGAACAGCAUGAUCUAAUGGACUGAACUCAGGCCUGAGUGAAGAGCUGCCUAGUUCUAAUCCUACUGCUGCUACUAACCUGCUGCAUGGCUGUGGCAAGUUUACUUCCACUCUGUCUCACUGUCCACAGCUGCUUAUCUCACAGGUAUGCACUAUAUAAAUGCCAAGUAUUCUUAAAGCCAUAAUACAACAAGUGAAGCAGAUACACAGGUUAUCUGUCCUCUUCAGCCACUUGACCUUUUAGUCUUGUCAUGGCACACUAGAGAUGUUCAGCAAUCAGCUGUAACACUUCAGUCUUGAAAUCACUUGUGUCUACAAGGCUACACCUGGAGUGACUGCAAAUUUUUAUUUCACAACCGGAAUACCAUGCUCUGGUAAAAUGGUUAUAAACAAGUGUAUAACUUGCUCAUAAUUAUCGUUCUCUGUCUUCCUAAACAUUUCGUUUCUAGGAAGGAAUUGCUGCUCUGAUUCUAACAAGGAAUUUGCUCUCCAAAUACAAAUGUUUGUAUAAAAGUGCUGAAACUGCAAAGCAAUAAAAAUCUGUGUAACA